AUGUGUCGAGGCGAGAACGUCCAGUGCAAAGGGUGCUCACGACUGAGCACUCGCAUCGUCCAACUCUGCAUCCGCGGCGAGUUGAUGGUGAACUGUCCCGAAAUCAUCAUCGAGGGUGUCAGCCUGGAAAAGGAACAAUGCCGUCUGUGUAGAUACGGAAAUACGAAAGGAAAUCUUGGAGGGCUUUUAAAGAUCAACCCAUGCCAGGGUCAGGGCCAGUUCGUCGGCCUCAAGGCCUGA